ACCUGAAAGAGACACAUGGAUGCUUUGGAAGGACUUCACAGUGUCCAGAUUUCUUCCUCUCCACCAUCCUCAGCCUCAUCCAGCCGCGGAUAUGAAGUCCUCAAGGUGGGGAGGUCCGGAAUACAAGUGUACUCCUCUGCUGUCUUCUUCGGGACACCUGAUGUGCUGGGACACACAGCGACCAGACAAAGGAGCAGCCGAAAACCAGAGCAGGGAUGUGUGGUUGGUCGGUUGGUAGAUCUGGAUCCAGAGCCAGAGUCCAGAGUGGAGGGAGGAGGCCAGGCUGGGCCCACCUCCAGCAGAGACCAUGUCGACCUCUGUCGGCUCCGCAGCCCCUCACUGGAAAUCCGAGAAAAAGAAAUCCGCGAGAAGGGCUCAGAGAUCCUCAGGGAACAACUGGACGCUGCAGAGAGGGAACUGAAACUGAAAGAUAAGGAGUGCGAGCGCUUGUCUCAAGUCAGGAAUCAGCUGGAGCAGGAGCUGGAGGAGCUCACAGCCAGUCUGUUUGAGGAAGCUCACAAGAUGGUGAAUGAAGCAAACGUCAAACAAGCAGCAGCAGAGAAACAACUCAAGGAGGCUCAAGGGAAGAUUGACGUCCUGCAAGCAGAGGUGACGGCGCUGAAGACUCUGGUGUUGACAUCCACACCUUCCUCACCGAACCGCCAGCUGCAUCCACAGCUGCAGCCUUCGGGAGCCAGGGGGGCGUACAAACACGUCGGGGGACACGUCCGAAACAAGAGUGCGAGCGGUAUUUUUCCAUCCUCACCUGGAAAACAUGAACCUUCUUCUGUGGCCAAAGAGGACCGAGAGCCUGCUGUUCCUGCUCUCCUCUCUCUGAUUCUCUGCCUGGUUCCCGGACAGUCUGUCAGUAUGACCUAUGACUCUCACUGGCGGCAGCGGGGAGAGGGUUUAGACACUGGCAGCAGACAGAUGGACUCAGUUCUUUAUGCCGAGUUUUUGAUGUGGAAGGAACAUCCGAGUUUCGAGCGCUCCUCCGCCUUCCUGAGACGAAUCUACAGAGAAGACAUCGGACCCUGUCUCUCCUUCACAAGAUCCGAGCUGUCCCAGCUGGUGCAGAAUGCCGUGGAAAACAACUCUCUGACCAUCGAGCCUGUUGCCUUGUCAGCGUUACCGAUGGUUAAGGCCUCAGCUGUGGAGUGUGGAGGCCCCAAUGGGUUUAGGGCAGCAAUAGAGACAAAAUGUGCCUUGAGUGGCGUGUCACGGCUCUGUCAACAUCGCAUUAAACUCGGUGACAAGGGGAGCUACUAUUACAUCUCUCCUUCCAGCCGAGCGCGGAUCACAGCAGUUUGCAACUUUUUUACUUAUAUCCGCUACAUCCAGCAGGGCCUGGUGAGACAGAAUGCCGAGCAGAUGUUCUGGGAGGUGAUGAGUUUCCGCAGAGAAAUGACUGUGGCCAAGUUAGGUUUCUACCUCACUGACCUGGGUUAGAGGAUCUGACGGGACAUGGGAACACCUGACGUAUCAUGCACGAUCCCAGGACUUUUAUUAAUCAGACAAGCUGAGUUCAACUGUGGUAACAAAAGGCCUUGGAUCAUGAUUUGGUAGCAGAGCUUGUACGGCGUUAGGGUUAGCCGUCCUGCAGCAGAGGUAAAACAACAAGGGAAGCAGGAACAUGUUCUAGUGCCUCUAGUGCCAUUUCUGCAUUAUGCAAUACGCGAUUUUUAAUUAAACCAGCACAGCAAGAAAGAAAUAAAACAAGCACGAUUUUAUAUAAGAUUGUGUUACUUCCAGAUAUGAAAAAUGUAUUCCUCCAUUAUAGUGCAGGACACAAGAGAUUUGUUUUCCGUUUAUUUUUUAUCAUGUAAGCUCUGAACCUCCCAGGUGGAGUGAACACAUCGUCUCAUCUGAACACGAUAGAUUGUUUGUGUCAGGCUUCUGGCAUUAGUCUGUUAGAAAGAUGAGCCCAGGAUGGAAGCACUCCAGAAGCUUUGGUCGGUCUCUUACCUCAAGUUUAACAGACUUAGACAAAUACAUGACACAUGUAAGAUCUGUGUACUUUCCAUGGAUCAAUGUUUCGGUUGUUAGCUUUAUUUUUUACAUUAGUGUGCAGUCUCUAAGCGACUCCUAGUUGCUUUCAGUUAUGAAGUUAAACACCACAAACAGGAUGUUUUAUCUCGGGAUGUUAAUUCAUUCUCACCAAAUUACUUGUUUUAGAGGUUUUCCUUUAAAAAAAACAUAAAUGAAACUGGAAAAUCAGUUUCCCAUUAGCCUGAACUUAAUAAUCAAAUAUAUUAUUAAUGAAUUAUUAUCCCAUUCAACAUAGAGACGGCCUUACAGUAUAAACAGACAAUAAACAAGCUUUAAUACAUAUUAUCUCAACAUGCUCAACUUUUGGAACUGUAGUUUUGCACGUCUACAAUGAACAGUAUGUACAGUAUAAGCCAUAAAGGACUUUGCAUGAGUGAAGCACAUAGCCAUAUUAUGCAUAAUUGUAUUGUAUAUUGGUUGUACCUCGUAGUAAAGAUUUAGAUCAGUUUUUACGGAAGACAAUCUGUUGAAAUGAAAAAUUAAGAAUAUUGUGUCAGAAAGUGCAAUAACUGCCUAUCUUAUCCUGGUAAUUACCUGUGUUCUCCAGUGUAAAAACAAAGGCAGUUUCACGUUUGUACCUUGUGUGAUUUACAGCUCUUGUUUGUAUGAAGUCUGAUGGCAGUAAAAUGGAUCAGUUUGA